GCGGUGCAUGCUACCAAAGGCUUCUUCAAGGUUGCUCGCGCUCUAGGGGCCAGCAUCAACGAGAAGCUUGCCAUAAUCUCUAGCACCAAGGCCAUAAGCGAUGAAGUCAGUCGACGGCUGCAACUUGAUACGAAGAUCAGCAUGAGGAGCACGGCGUACUUGGGCACUGAUGUAUCAGGAGGCAGGGCUCGGAACACCAAAGGUACGCGUGACAAGUUUCGGGCAAGCCAGAAGGUAUAUGGAGGCAGGCUCAAGAAGCUGCGGAAGUUCAAGAAGGUGCUAGCUGCAAAGAAGACGGAGAGAAUUGGGGAGAUCUACCGUGUGGGCGCGAGGCCUGCGCACACCUUCGGGGUAGAGGUCAACGGGGUCAACGACGCUGAGCUCCUGAAGUUAAGAAGGGACUACAACAAGCACGUCAAGCCCAACCACGGCGGCAUCUCCGCGAGCGCGAAGAUGGUGCUGCUAGGCGACCCUGCUGCCACACAGGCGCUGGCGCCUGCCCUCCAAUGGUCAAGGAUGGUGUGGGCCGCCACAGCCAGGUCGAGGAAGUUCAACAAAUAUCAGAAGUUCUGUAUCAUGAACUGUGCCUGCGAUGGAGUAUGGACACGUCAGAAAGCGAAAGAAAAAGGCUAUCUUACGGACGGCAAGUGCGAGUGCGGGGAUGAGGACACGCUGGUGCAUAGGCUGGUGGAUUGUACUCGUCCAGAAGUCGUAGAGGCACGCUGUGAAGCUGAAAUCCCCGACUCGUUCAUCCAGGAGCUCCGCCAAGCGCAGGAUGACCGAGUCGUCACGCAAGGGGCUUUCGCUUUUCCUGAGUGGGAAAUUCCUGACAUGCAGAUCGGUACUGGCAGCGUAAUCCUCGACGGUGAUGGCAACGACUUCGAUUGUACGCCUGAGACAAUGGCUGCCACAGUGCUUGCUGAGACCGAUCUGGAGAUGGAGCUUUCGUUCGACGGGAGCUGUACGAAGCCAGACAUUUUGGAGCUACAACGUGCUGGAUGGGCUAUCGCAUUAAUGGAUCCACACUCGGACAAAGUACUGUGCACGAUGCAUGCUCCAGUGCCAGCGUCACUACCGCAGUCCUCGGCGAUGGCGGAGUACCUUGCCUACGCGUACACAGGGCAGGUGGCAGACCGCCCAGCUGAUGGAUAUGCGGACUUCAUGGGCACGGUCAGGAUGGCGGCCCUCACGCACGAGCAGCAGUUGCAUUCUAAGUCGGCAUACGCGUGCGUGGCCUUAUUUGCCCAGAGUCUGCCUGGGUUCCGCCAUCUCCGCAGCGUGACGCACGUGAAAGCACACCGGUCGGGAGAGGAGUAUGCUUGUAUGGAUAUGGCAACAAGAAGGCUCACGGAUGCUAAUGUCUAUGCGGACGUGAGAGCCAAAGCUGGUGCGGCAAUGCAUGCACCUAUCAGCGAGGACUUCGCGAAGGCUAUCGACACGGCCAGUGUGAGGAUCAAGAACUUCGCGAAGCUGGUCGCGGCAGUACUUCCCUUGUUUGAUCGAGAUGGCCACGAGCGUUGGACACUGCGAACAGCCCAGAUCAAGAGGAUAAGGAGUACACGUACUGACGGAUGGCACCAGUGGGAGGAAGGAAACUUUGGUCUCCAAUGCAAGGCGUGUUUGAAGAUCAACUGCCCAGGGACUGAAGUUAUGCUCAAUGGUUGCGCUGGCGCCCCCACUUUCCUCAAGGCCUUCCUCAACCAACCACUCGGACAUCACCUAGUGGCGGUGAACCAGAAGGGCGACGGGCUCAGCGACGAGGCGGUUCCAACGGUCUUUGUCUGCGUGGGCUGCGGCGCCUGGGCGCAACAACGCCGACGGCAAAAGCUCAGGAGGCAGUGCAAGCCGCCAACCAGACAAGGAGUUGAAGUGCUGACGAAUCUUCGAAGAGGCUUGGGCCCACACAAGACGCUGGCGAGGCACAUGGACAUGGCGACCCCCCUGCAUAGGAUGAUGCCCAAGGUCCUGCCCCCGCUAAGAUCGAAGACUUGCGUCACUCGCCCCGUGGCAAUGGCGGAGCCCGCGGGAUACGAGCACAAGAUGGCAGCCAUAGUGGAAAGGAUAAGGGCAAAGGAAAAGGUGAAGCGUGACCAG